AUGUCCUCUGUUGACAAAAUGGACGAUGGCUCACCAGAGCAAAUCGUCUAUGAGAAAAACGUCAUGCCGGUCACUGUGCACAAUUUCGAUGAAAAAGUGCACGAUCUAGCCGAGAAACUUGUGGCCAGUGGUGAUGAAAUGGCACCGAUUGAAGAUAUCGAGUACGUGAUGGACAAGAUCAACACUCUGACCAUUGAUGAGUGCAAGACUAUCAUCGAAAAUCUUCUCAAGGACCAUGAGUAUGACUACAAUUUCGGUAAUGCCUUGCGAGAGAAGCUUUCCCGCCUGAUUGAGGGACCUUCUGAGGGGCAAGAUCCCGAGGAAUGGGAGCUGCAGCUGAAGACUGAGACUGCGUUGAAUCACUUCUACUCGCCAUACCCAGAGGUGCGAGCCGUUUCUACGCCCACGGAUGAUCCGAACAUUCCUUGCGAGACCAUCCGUGCUCACUUGCUUGGCUACAUGUGGGCCGUUAUUGCUCAAUUCACCAAUUCUCUUUUCAAUUCGCGCUAUCCUAUCAUCACUCUAGGAUCUUCUGUGGCGCAAAUCCUGCUAUAUCCAUGUGGUCUAUUCCUUGCAAAGGUUCUCCCAGACUGGGGAUUCAUGUUGGGUGGCAAAAGAGUUUCUCUCAAUCCUGGUCCCUGGACGUACAAGGAACAGGUGCUUUCCACAAUCAUCAUCGACGUUGGUUUGACUUCUGCCUAUUGCUUCUGGAAUAUUCAGACCCAGACCGUCUACUACAAGGACACUUGGCUUACCCCGGGAUACGAAAUUCUACUCUUGCUGUCAACCCAGCUCAUGGGACUUGGGUUUUCUGGACUGCUUCGUCGCUUUGUGGUUUACCCAAUCGAAGCUUUGUGGCCCAACAUCCUGCCCACUUUGGCCCUGAACAGAGCGCUACUGGUCCCUGAGAAGAAGGAAUUCAUCAGCGGGUGGAGUAUCUCACGGUAUAAAUUCUUCUUCUUGGUCUUUUGCAGCAUGUUCGUCUACUUCUGGUUCCCAGACUAUAUUUUCCAAGCUCUGAGCUACUUCGGAUGGAUGACCUGGAUCGCACCAAACAACUUCAACUUAAACAUGAUAACGGGCUCCAUUAACGGCCUCGGGUUCAAUCCUAUCUCGUCAUUUGACUGGAAUGUCAUAGCCGUGUAUUCAUACCCGCUCACCUAUCCGUUCUUUGCAUACACCCAGCAGUUUCUGGGCACACUUUUGGGUGGUUUCAUCAUCAUCGCAUUGUACUGGUCCAACACCAACUGGACAGCGUAUCUCCCUCCAAACUCGUCUGAUAUUUUCGACAACACUGGUAACUCUUAUAAUGUUACAAGGGUGAUCAAUAGCAAAACCGGAGCUCUCAAUGAAGAGGCCUACCAGGCAUACUCUCCUGCUUUCUACAGCGCGGGAAAUCUCCUGGUGUAUGGCGCAUUCUUUGCUUUCUACCCACUUACGAUGGUCUUCAUAGUCCUGGACUCCUGGCGACCACUUCUCAGAGCUUACAAGUCCAUGACGGGGGCUGCUAUCUCAUCCACUAGGAGCCUCGUCAUCGGUCUCAAGAAUGCAACUAAAUCUCUUGUCAAGGGCAAUGUGCGUAAGGCAAGUCGACAUUUGCACAAAAGUUUGAAUGAGGGCAGCUCGAUUUAUGACGGUUUUGAUGACCCAUUCACCAAGCUGAUGCGCAAUUAUCCUGAAGUCCCUGACUGGUGGUUCUUGAUUAUCGCUUUGAUCGCUUUCAUCUUUGCCAUCAUCAUUUUAACUAGCUGGCCUCAGCUUGGGGCUCCUAUCUGGACUAUCUUUUUUGUAAUUGGUCUCAAUUUGGUCUUCCUGAUCCCGAUGUCGUACCUCUACGCAAUCUCAGGUACAACAGAAGGGCUGAACGUCGUUACAGAGCUUAUCGUUGGAUAUGCUCUGCCUGGACAUCCAGAGGCACUGAUGUUCGUGAAAGCCUUUGGAUACAACAUCAACGGCCAAGCGGAUAAUUACAUUUCUGAUCAGAAGAUGGGUUUCUAUGCCAAAGUGCCUCCUCGAGCCAUGUACCGUGGUCAAGUAACGAGCGCCAUCAUCACGGCCCUUGUCGCCUAUGGGGUUGUGCAAUUCGCCGAUAACGAUAUUCCGGGCAUUUGUACUUCGGACCAGCCUUCUGAAUUCAACUGUGAAGAUGGCUCAGAAAUUUACUAUUCAUCAUCGGUCAUCUGGGGUGCUAUAGGUCCGACGAGAAUCUUCAACCAAUUCUACCCAACUAUGAAAUAUACUUUUCUGCUGGGAUUCCUCCUUGCGAUUGUGUGGUGGGUCGCGAAACGAUUUGGAUCGUAUUUCCGGGACGCGUGCAGGUCUAAAUUGCCUGACGGUAUUUUCAAGCCGAUCAAUGCGUUGGUUUUCACACCAAUCUCGUGGCUCAAGCACGUCCAUCCAUCACUCAUCUUCAAUGGAUUCUUGUGGUGGGCCCCCGUCAACCUUACUUACUUCAUGGGUGGUCUCUACAUUUCUGCUACUUUUAUGUUCUACAUAAAGAGGUACCAGACUCCAUGGUGGGAAAAGUACAACUAUGUCCUCGCGGCGGCUCUCACUGGCGGUGUCGCAUUCUCCGGCAUUAUUAUUUUCUUCGCCGUACAGUAUCAUCCAGAAUCGAUCAGCUGGUGGGGUAACAACGUGCUUGACGCGACAAUUGACGGCGGUAUUGGCCAGCAGGCUUUUAUUACCGACCUACCUGUUAAGGGAUAUUUCGGUCCCGACUCGUGG